UCCUUGAAGGCACGCUUUGGGGGCGAUCUCUCCCGGUCUGCGCUCGCGGAAGUUUUACAGGAACCUCUGACGUGUCAAAUUAACGCCAUUUUCCUGUAAAAGAGGAAACGCCUUAAGGGAAGAAAACAGCGAGUUCAGGGGAAUUUAUUACACCGUGUUCGUCCUGAAGUGGUUUUCCCAUCAGCAGCAGCCAUGGGGAAUAUGUUUGCAGGGCUGUUUAAAAUGUUUGGGAAGAAGGAGAUGAGGAUUCUAAUGGUGGGCUUGGAUGCUGCAGGAAAGACAACUAUUUUGUACAAGCUUAAACUUGGAGAGAUUGUGACAACCAUUCCAACAAUAGGUUUCAAUGUAGAGACAGUAGAGUAUAAGAACAUCAGUUUCACAGUAUGGGAUGUUGGUGGUCAAGACAAAAUCCGACCAUUGUGGCGUCACUAUUUUCAGAACACACAAGGUCUGAUUUUUGUCGUGGAUAGCAAUGACAGGGAGCGAUGUGCUGAGGCUCGGGAAGAGCUCUUGAGGAUGUUGGCAGAAGACGAACUGCGUGAUGCUGUGCUUUUAGUGUUUGCUAACAAACAAGAUCUCCCAAAUGCCAUGAAUGCUGCCGAGUUGACCGACAAGCUGAACCUUCACUCCCUGCGUAACAGAAACUGGUACAUCCAGGCAACCUGUGCCACUACUGGAGACGGUCUCUAUGAAGGACUUGAUUGGCUGUCUAAUCAGCUCAAAAACCAUUAAUGGCUAGAGAGAUUAAGAAAAAUACUCUGUUCCACCCAAUCCCUCAUGUUUUCUCUUUUCACCUAAGUAAAACUGAGUCAACCCCAUUCUGGAAACACAGGCCAGUGGUAGGGCUGUUCUAAUCUUGUAAGGCUUUUGUCAGUACGCUUUCUUAUUUUAUGUAAAUAAUUUUGGUAAUAGGGAUAUUAUUGCACUCUUUGACUCUUCUUGGCUGUUGGGUGGCUUUUACUUUGAAAAAGAACGUGAGGGAAGAAAUUUACUAAAACAUUUUGGCCCCAGAAACAACACAAUCAAAUGACAUCCUUAGUUAUGUACUGUAAGGAGUGGUCAUGGGGGGCAGGGGUGUUUAAAUAAACAGAAUUAUACUGACCCACUACUUGAAGUUGCUGCAGCAACAUGUAACAAAUCCUGAAUUUAAAAUGUAGAACACUGGCAUUAACUAUUUGUACUGACAUCGCUCUCAUCUGUGAACACUCACCAGCCUUUUGUAUAAAACUUUGAAAAUUAAAAUACUGCAGUGAUCGCACACUAUCUGUAUAAUUUUGUCAGGAGGGCACUGGAUCAGUUUUGAUUUUUCUAUUCAAGAGUCUCAGGUUGAUCAUAUGUAGCUUUUGGAAUACUUGCUAAUGGUCUUUUAGAGAAAGCAUGUCACCUGGGUGUUUACAUCAUUACCCAGAGGUGAAACGAUUUGCUAACGGAGUACUUAUUCCCCUAACUCUAUAAUCAUUUCUUUGUGAGUGUAUUGUGUGAACUAUAUUGAGCUGUUUGGUGCCAUAGUUUAAGGUUCUAAGCAGCUGAUUGCAUGCUUGAUUUUGCUCAGUGUUGGGAAAAUAGCAUUUUGAAAGCAAUACCAAAAUCAGCUGCAUGAAAGCGCAACCGUCUUUGAUGUAAACAAAUAGCCAAAUAUAGGCAUUUAAUGCUAAUAUCUUUCCAAGAUUUAUUUCAGAAAAUUGUUGGUGUUAUCUGUUGUUGGUGCAUUAUAAUUUUUUGAUUUAUAAUUGCCUAAAUGUUCUAAUAUUGCUUUAAGUUUGUCAAUGUUUUCCUAAAAAAAAUUGUUGGGGGGCGGUUACACUGCAAUUAAAGUGACAAGAUACAAAAUGA